AAGGAGGGCGGGGGCGGGUUCCUAAGGCGCCAGGCGCGUGAUCAUGACGCCGCUGGUUUGAGGAAACCGGAGAGACCCAGAACUUUUACGUAGAUCCCGGAAGUGAGUUGGGGGAGCGGUUGGACGUCGGCUGGCGCUGCGUCGAGGCGCCGAGUCGAAGGAGGAAAAUAGUUGGGGGCUGGGUGGGAGGGAAAGGCGAACGAGCCGGGAGUUGCCGAGCAGGCGGAGAAGAUGGCGUCGUCGUCGUCGUUCAUUACGGUGCAGCUGAAGAAGGCCUCGGAGGUGGACUUGGCCAAGCCCCUGUGCAAGUUCAUCCAGCAGACGUACCCGGGCGGCGAGUCUCAGGCCGAGCACUGCCGCGCUGCUGAGGAGCUCAACAAGCUGCGCAAGAGCGCGGUCGGGCGCUCCUUGGACAAGCACGAGAGUUCGCUCGAGACCCUCCUGAGAUACUAUGACCAGCUGUGCUCCAUAGAGCCAAAGUUUCCAUUUUCUGAAAAUCAGAUUUGUGUAACUUUUACAUGGAAAGAUGCUUUUGACAAAGGGUCACUCUUUGGAGGAUCUGUUAAACUUGCACUGGCAAGUUUGGGCUAUGAGAAGACCUGUGUAUUGUUCAAUUGUGCAGCAUUGGCUAGCCAGAUAGCUUCAGAACAGAAUCUUGACAGUGAUGAAGGAUUAAAAGCUGCUGCUAAGCAUUACCAGUUUGCUAGUGGUGCCUUCCAGCACAUUAAAGAUACAGUCCUCUCCUCGCUAAACCGAGAACCUACAGUGGACAUCGCUCCAGAUACAGUUGGCACUCUCAGUCUUAUCAUGCUGGCUCAAGCUCAAGAAGUCUUUUUCCUAAAAGCUACCAGAGAUAAAAUGAAAGAUGCCAUUAUAGCUAAACUGGCAAAUCAAGCUGCUGAUUAUUAUGGUGAUGCAUUCAAACAGUGUCAAUACAAAGAUACCUUGCCCAAGGAGGUGUUUCCUCUUCUGGCUGCAAAACAUUGCAUAAUGCAGGCAAAUGCUGAAUAUCAUCAAUCUAUACUGGCAAAGCAACAGAAGAAAUUUGGUGAGGAAAUUGCAAGAUUGCAACAUGCAACUGAUCUCGUAAAAACAGUGGCAUCUCGAUACGAUGAAUAUAUAAACGUAAAAGACUUGUCUGACAAAAUCAGUCGUGCACUUACAGCUGCUAAGAAGGACAAUGACUUCAUCUAUCAUGAUAGAAUUCCAGACCUCAAAGAUUUAGAACCCAUUGGGAAAGCCAGUCUUGUAAAAGCUACUCCAGUUGUUGUGCCUCUGAGUCAGAAAUUUACUGAUUUGUUUGAAAAGAUGGUUCCGCUGGCAGUGCAGCAAGCUCUUACACUGUACAACCAAAGAAAAGCAGACCUGGUUAAUAGAUCAAUCGCUCAGAUGAGAGAGGCCACCAAUCUGGCAAAUGGAGUGCUGGCUUCCCUCAAUCUUCCUGCUGCUAUUGAGGAUGUCUCCGGGGAUAGUAUUCCUCAGUCCAUUCUGCAAAAGUCUAAGUCUGUGAUUGAACAGGGAGGUGUCCAAACAAUUGAUCAAUUGAUGAAAGAUCUUCCUGAACUACUGCAGAGAAACAGAGAGAUUCUGGAUGAGUCUCUAAGGAUGUUGGAUGAAGAAGAAGCAACAGACAAUGAGCUGAAAAACAAGUUCAAGGAACGUUGGCAAAGGACACCAUCAAAUGACCUUUACAAGCCUUUGAGAGCAGAGGGAGCCAAUUACCGGAGUAUCCUGGAUAAAGCUGUGCAAGCUGACAAGCAGGUUAAGGAACGAUAUCAGAGUCAUCGUGAUACGAUUUCUUUGUUAUGUAAGCCAGAAGCAGAAUUGAAUGCAGCAAUUCCUUCAGCAAAUCCAGCAAAAACUAUGCAGGGGAGUGAGGUGGUUAAUGUCCUAAAAUCUUUGCUGGCUAGCCUGGAUGAAGUCAAGAAGCAGAGAGAACAACUUGAAAAUGAUCUUAAAUCAGUAAACUUUGACAUGACAACUAAAUUCCUAACUGCACUUGCACAAGAUGGUGAUCUGAAUGAAGAAGCCAUUUCUGUUACUGAGUUGGAUCGUCUUUAUGGUAGUUUUACCCAUAAAGUACAGGAGACUUUGAAAAAACAAGAGGAGCUGCUCAACAGCAUUCAGGUAUUGUUUGCUUCAGAAGCAUAUUUUAAGAGCUACAGUGGAUGCCUGGUGAUAUACUACUUCAGAGCUGGACAAGUAGACUCUGAGACAAAAUCCUUGCUGUGCUUCACAUUUGUUCAAUACUUCCUUUUCAGAGAUCUGCAACAAAGUAUUGCUAGAGAACCAAGCGCUCCUUCUUUUCCUUCUGUGCCUGCAUAUCAAACAGGUCCUCCUGGAGGAAACAAGCCUCCAACUUCAUCUGUCCCAACUCCAGCCCCCAGAACCAGUGUGUCUAACAAACCGCAGCCGCCAGCACGCCCUCCCCCACCAAUGAUUUCUUCAGCAAAUACACUCAGUAACCCAGUAUCAGCAACUGCUGGGACAACGGCUCCUCCAGCUGGCUCUGCCACCAACACGGCGCCUUCGCAGGCACAGGGGCCACCUUAUCCAACAUAUCCAGGUUACCCUGGAUACUGCCAGAUGCCUUUGCCGAUGGGGUACAAUCCAUACAUGUACGGCCAGUACAAUCUGCCAUACGCACCUUCACCUAUGUACCAAAAUCCUGGACAAGCACCAUAUCCAGGAGGACCUCAGCAGCCUAGUUAUCCUUUCCCACAACAGCCCUAUUAUCCACAGCAAUAGCACAUUUGUGAAGACAUACUGCUUGUUAUAACUAAAAGAAUCUUGCAAUAAGCCUAUUAAAUCUUUAGUUCCAGUUAGUGUACCUCACUGUAUUGAAACAAGUUUGUAACUUCUUUCUCUGGUUAAUUACUCCCAAAGGUUCUCUGCACCCAGUUGAAUACAGGCUGCAUUAGACCUCUUAUGUUGAGAGUGUGGCAGGCUGCUAAAAUGUUAUACAGAUAGAACUGGAUUACAGCAAAAUUUUAUGCUAAAUUAGUUAAACUAGACCAGAACAUUUAUUGGAAAGUGAUUUCCUAAAUACUUUAAAUGAGACAAUUGAAAUAAAAAGCAAAAUCAUGCCAGUACUGGCUGUGAUGUAGUCUACAAGACUAAAUAGGAUUUUCUUCUGUAUUACAUUGAUUUGUAUUUUGAAUUUGAGUUUUGCUACGAGUAUGUUUGGUUUAAUAAUCAAGGCUUUGUAAAUUGUAAGUGUGGACUAAAAGUGCAUAGGACAGUUUAAAAAAAAACAGUAGAUAUUUUUAUUACCCUAUAACCAGGUUUUUGAAAUUUGGACAUGUUCUUUGGCACUGGACUUUGAAACUGAGGUUUCGAUUAAAUAGUCACAGUUGAUUGUAUUUAAUUUCCUGUAACAUAGAAACAAUUCCUUAAAUCAAGAAGUUGUUAUCCCAGAGUGAGAAAGAGAAAAUAAAUCAACUUAUUUUUAUCAAAUCUUUCAAAAGAAUAGUUCUUAGGUUUUGAGGAGUUUAUCAGGGAUGCAUUGCAGCGUAAGUUAAGUUCAUGAUAUAUGACUUGGCUGGCAAAUAAAAUACCUUAUUUUGA